UAUGGAAUACCCGAUAUGCUCGGUACGAAAUGCAGUUCCCUGGUUCUCCCCCGGUCUUUGCAGUACGAUUCGUCCGGUGGCUAUAUAAACGACGGCUACUCCAUUUAUCGUCAUAAUCAUUAUAUACCAAAGAACGAAGACGUGCUUCUGGAAGAUAUUUCAUUUGCUGCAAUCAAUUUCACGAAUAUCUCGAAGAUGAACUCAAGAUCAAAUAGAACAAACCAGUGCAAUCCGAAUCAUACGCCAACUGGGCCGGGUCAUAAGGCCGGAUACCAUGGUGCAGGCACAAAGGCGGAUUUGGACAAUCGCUCAAAUCAAAUGAAUCCGAACAACCCAGCAUACAAGAAGUAAAUGUUUUUCUGAAAUAUGCAUAUAUGAUGUAAAAAUCAUGUAUUUUUGCUCCAAUAAAUGUGACGAGCAUUAAAACAUU